AUGAAGGAGAAUUGCGGCUUGUCCUCCGCCCUGCGGUUCAGCCAGUUCGGUCGGGCGUUUUCUGUGGUUUUUCCGCUCAGCUGGAUGCAAAGGGUUUUUGCUGAUAGGCAAAGUGAGCCUGGGUCGCCCUGCUUUCCGCGGCAGUGUUGCUCUCGCCAAGAGUCAGGCUCUGGGGACGUAAAAGAAAAGAGAUCAAGAUUGUUCUGUCUCCAGUUGGUGUUGGUAUUAGGAGAUCUGCACAUCCCACACUGCUGCAACAGUUCGCUGGCUAAAUUACAAAAACUGCUGAUGCCAGAAAAGAUUCAGCACAUUCUCUGCACUGACACGCUUUGCACCAAAAAGAGUUAUGACUAUCUCAAGACUCUAGCUGGUGAUGUUCAUAUUGUGAGAGGAGACUUUAAUGAGAAUUACCCAGAACAGAAAGGUGUGACUGUUGGACAGGUCAAAAUUGGUCUGAUUCAUGGACUUCAAGUGAUUCCAUGGGGAGAUACGGUCAGCUUAGCCCUGUUGCAAAGGCAGUUUGAUGUGGACAUUCUUACCUGGGGACACACACACAAAUUUGAAGCAUUUAAGCAUGAAAAUAAAUUCUACGUUAACCCAUGUUCUGCCACUGGAGCAUAUAACGCCUUGGAAACAAACAUUAUUCCUUCAUUUGUGUUGAUGGAUAUGCAGACUUCUAUAGUUGUCACUUAUGUGUACCAGCUGAUUGGAGAUGAUGUGAAAGUAGAAGGAAUUGAAUACAAAAAAUCUUAAAGGCAGGCCUGUCUUGAUGAUUGUUUUGUUUUUUUCCAUUCCCCUGUUUAAUUAAGUAA